GUUCAGUGCUGGGUGGGUGAUUUUUCUGAGUUCAUAAGCUCUGAAGAUUUUGGGGGUUUUGUUAUGAGAGCUUUUCCUGAGUGGGUUUUGUGGAAAAGGUGUGAACUUUCUUUUGCUUUUGCCUAAUUGGAUUCUCUGAUAUGGGUGGGUGUUUUCCUUGUUUUGGAUCAUCCAACAAGGAGGAAAGUGGUGGUGGUGGGUUGAAGAAGGAAGUGGCAAAAAAGGAAUCUUUCAAGGAAUCAUCAGCUCCUCAGGUUCAUCACCCCAGCAGGGUUAGCUCAGAUAAAUCAAAGUCACGUUGUAGCUCAGAUCCUAAGAAGGAAACACCACUUCCGAAGGAUGGGCCAACUGCUCAUAUUGCUGCUCAAACAUUUACAUUCCGAGAGCUUGCAGCUGCUACAAAGAAUUUUAGGCCAGAAUGUUUACUUGGGGAAGGAGGUUUUGGGCGCGUUUACAAGGGUCGGCUUGAGAACACAGGACAGGUAGUUGCUGUAAAGCAACUUGAUCGAAAUGGUCUUCAAGGGAAUCGGGAGUUUUUGGUGGAGGUUCUCAUGCUUAGUCUCUUACAUCACCCUAAUCUGGUGAACUUAAUCGGUUAUUGUGCUGAUGGUGAUCAGCGGCUCCUUGUUUAUGAAUUCAUGCCAUUGGGAUCUUUGGAGGAUCAUUUACAUGGUUUCAGCAAGAAAUUUCUGACUCCGAGUCUCUUUCCAGAUCUCCCUCCUGACAAGGAGCCUCUGGACUGGAACACUAGGAUGAAAAUAGCAGCUGGUGCAGCAAAGGGAUUGGAAUAUUUGCAUGACAAGGCAAACCCCCCUGUGAUAUAUAGAGACUUAAAAUCUUCUAACAUCCUUCUAGAUGAGGGUUAUCAUCCCAAGUUAUCGGAUUUUGGACUAGCUAAACUUGGUCCUGUUGGUGACAAGACACAUGUAUCCACACGAGUAAUGGGAACAUAUGGUUAUUGUGCACCAGAAUAUGCUAUGACUGGUCAACUCACUCUGAAGUCCGAUGUUUACAGCUUUGGAGUUGUGUUCCUUGAACUUAUUACGGGGCGCAAGGCUAUUGACAAUACACGUGCACAUGGAGAGCAUAAUCUUGUUGCUUGGGCCCGGCCUCUUUUCAAAGAUCGUAGAAAGUUCCCCAAAAUGGCUGAUCCUCUACUCCAAGGCCGAUAUCCAAUGCGAGGACUGUACCAAGCAUUGGCAGUUGCAGCAAUGUGCUUGCAGGAACAAGCUGCCACAAGGCCUCUUAUUGGGGAUGUCGUAACUGCUCUCACAUAUCUGGCCUCCCAGACAUAUGAACCAAAUGUAGCCAAUCAGUCCAACAGACUCGGUCCAUCGACCCCCCGGAGCAGGGAUGACAGAAGGAGCAUGAUAGAUGGUGUGGAUAGCCCAGACCGGGGGCGUCUCGGCUCCCCUUCCACCCACAGAAACUCACCUGAUUACAGGAGGAGAGACAAUAGGGAACUGAGUGUUGGGACAGAGUUAGGCAGGAGUGUCUCUGGCAGUGGUGGGUCGGGGAGGAAAUGGGGACUGGAUGAUUUAGAAAGGCAAGAUUCUCGUAGAGACAGCCCUGUAAAUACUGCAAGAGCUAGGGAGACUCCAAGGAACCGUGACCUAGACAGGGAACGCGCUGUUGCAGAAGCGAAAGUAUGGGGUGAGAAUUGGAGGGAAAAGAAGAGAGCAAAUGCCAUGGGAAGCUUUGAUGCCACAAAUGAGUGAACACAAACAAACACCGGUUCGGUUUGGUGUUCCUCUUCUCGUUGAAGAGAUGCAUAUGAUUAGAGUCACAGGAGAGGAAUUUACACAAGGGUCUUGUCAUUUAGUUUCUUGGUUUCAUGUUCUAUCCGGGGAAUAAUUUGUUGUGGAUCAUCCAACUUUGACUGUUUCUCCCAUAUUACUCUAGUUAGUUCAUCAUGUGAAGGAAAACAGUACACAGUUGAAAUUUGGAAUAUAUAUAUAUAUAGGGGGUUGGGGGGUUGAGGAGCUUUAUGGGGAAGUUAAGUUGGUGUGAACUGGGGUGAUUGAAUGUAACGUUGCAAAAUGUGAAAUCCAACAUCCUCAUUCAUGUAAAACGAUUUCCUCGGUUUAUGUUGCAUAUAUAGACUAUAGAGCAACAAAAGCGUCUAAUUUUUGGCCCCUCACAUUUGCUGUAUAAUGGUGGGGGAGGUUAGUGGAUUUGGUGUGGUUGUCAUUGCUGUUUUAUUUUAUACUUUCGUACAGUAUGACAGAAUCUAUUGUCUAUCAGGGUUUUAUGUU